GCGACCCGACCCGCUCACCCCCUGCCUGGGCUCGACCCCCCGCUUCCCGACACAACUCUGGGUACCCACGUCCCGCCAUGGUCACCACCACGGCGCCGCCGCCCUUCCUGGCUCGGAUCUCGGCAGGCACCGAAGACCCCCGGCGGCUGCCCUCCGCUCUCUUCCAGCGCCUCAGGCGAGGGGACGGCACCUGUGAGAACCAGCCCAGCUGCUGCCUGGCGGGCCCGGGGGGCAGCGCGCGGCCCGCGCUGAAGAGAGUCCGGCGGAGGAAGGGGAAGAUCCGGCCCAGCCCCGCGGGGCUCCUGCCCAGCCGCUACCAACAGUACCAACAGCACCGCGCCGGCCUGGGGAGAAGGACCUCGCUGGGAACGCACGGCCAGGGCGAACUCCGCGCUCACCCCGCGCCCGCAGCCUCCCCGGCCGCCGGCCCGGGAACGGGCCGCUCGGAGGAGCCCCCCGCGCCCGCCCCCUCGAGACCCGCGCCGAGCAAGCCCCUCAGGAAGGAGUUCUUAAAGAGCAAGAUGGGAAAGACCGAGAAGGCCGCCGUCCCCUACAGCCCCCCUGUUCACGGUUUGCAUCUGUGUGAGCAACCAAAGAUCACCAGGCAGAAGAGCAAAUGUAACGUGCCCCUGGCAAAGAUCACCUCGGCAAAAAAGAUCGAGAACUUUUGGCAAGAUUCUGUGUCGCAAGACAUCGUUCAGAAGCAGGAGAAAAAGCCACUUAAAAACGCGGAGAACUUCAGAAAUACCAGGUCCAAGAAACCUGUUGCCCUGACUGAAGCCAGCCAGAAAGAAAAUUACGCUGGGGCAAAAUUUAGCGACCCACCAUCUCCUAGUGUCCUUCCAAAGCCUCCCAGCCACUGGGUGGGUGGCACAGCUGAACCGUCUGACCAAAACAGGGAGUUGAUGGCAGUCCACUUGAAAACUCUCCUUAAAGUUCAAGCAUAGUUUCCAAGAUCUCUUGAGUAAUUGGCAAAGAAAACUCAUCCAGGAAACUUAAAAAAACAUGCCUUGUUGCAACAAAAAUUGCAAAAGACUGUCAAGUCUUACCAUGUUAACAAAUCCUUGUAUUAUAUUUUUUAUGGUCGUGUAAAUAGUGUACAUCAUGUAUUAUGUGUAUAUUCUUGUUCAUACUUUGAGAGGUACAUUUUAGUUUUGUUAUGAAAUGAUGUAUUUUGCACUGCCUGAAUGGUAGAUGUCUUGUAUAUACAAUAUGGACAACUUUUAAGUGUGUGCUUGACACAUGAAGACUUGACUUGAUUUGCACAAGGUAAUGAAAAUUUUGAAAGGAGAGUACAGCUUUCUGAUUUUAAGGUUCCAGAUCAAAUGUGAAUGUUUUAUUCAUGCACUACUGACAAUAGUUUUACCUUCUGUGUCCCAAUCAAGUAUAAACAUGGAAUUUUCAUACAAAUGUGAAGUUUUGCUCUCUGCUCUGGAAACAGUAUUUGGCAUUCCUGUUCCAUCUGUUCAUUUUUAAAAUUAACUGGAAUUUGAGUGAAAUUCCAACCCAUCAAUUUGAGCACUGCUGAUUUCUUUAAAGAGGAAAAAAAAAAAAAGAAAAAGAAAAAAAAAUAAAAAAAAAAAAGGAAAAAGAAAGGAGCAGAGCUUUCUGCCAAAAAUCCAAUUGGUCACCAAAAAAUUAAAUAAAACAAUUUGGCCUCCCCUUAA